ACGUACGUAGUAAAAUGCCACGAAAAGUUUCACAAUUUCACUGGGAACUGGCGGAAAUAAUACAGAAAGCAGCGAACAUAAUUGACAUUCAUGACAUCGAGUACGUUAUUCAAUACGGGUGUGAUGAUGUCGAUAUUUUCUUCAGUAACAUGUACCUAGUCACCAUUCGUGGCAAAAGAAAUGGGUCAAACAUAAAGAAAAAUAUUAUAAUAAAGUGCCACAUAGAUCUAAAUCAACGUGAGAAUUUUAGAGAACUUUACAAGAGAGGACACGUGUUUUACAACACCGUUGUAACCAAGUUACUUGAGAUUCAACGAACGUUUAAAGUUAUUGAAGGAUUGAAAAUUAAAUUUCCAAAUUGCAUUUACAGCAGUGCUGAAUAUAACAAGGAAGUGUUGGUUUUAUCACAGAUGGUGGAUACUUAUAGUAUACAUAACAGAUUUCUUCCGAUUAGCAUCGAUGAAGCUAAAUUGACCCUGAAAAAUAUGGCGAAACUACAUGCCUUGUCCUUUGUAUGGGAAACAUAUUAUUCGGAAGAAUUUGACGAGAUCAAGAAGAUAUUAUCCAAAAAUGUGCAGUAUUCUGAGCUUGUUAAAUUACCAAAAUCUAUGAGAUACUGUUACGACACUUCAGUGAACGUAGUGAUGAACCCAAUGCAUAAAGAUAAAUUAAAGGCGCUCGCUGGACACUUAUUGGCUAUUUUGCAAACACCACCACCACUUCAGUACAGUGCCAUUUGUCACGGAGACUGUUGGAUUAAUAACAUACUUUUCAAAGUUAAGGAUUAUAUGUUGUCACAGGGGACGAGACCGGUAGAAGUAAUGUUCGUCGACUAUCAGCUGAGCCGGUACGCGUCUCCGGUGUCGGAUAUAUCAUACUUCCUAUACAUGUCGACGGACCGGGAGCUGCUCUCUCAACAUUACGAAACCCUUAUCAACGUUUACUAUGGAACUCUAGCGGGCGUCCUUCGCCAAUGCAAUCUUAAAGUAGAACAAGUCUACCCAGAGAAUAUAUUUAGACUACAUUUGAAAGAAUACUCAGUGUUAGGUUUGAUAGAGGCGUUAGUGUCGAUGCAAAUAAUAACAGCGGACAAUGAAGAUGCUAUAAAAAUGACGGAAAUUAGAUACACUCAGCCCGAAGUUGAAAAUGCUGGGAUAGAUGAGCAUAAAUUCAGCAAUCAGAAUAUAUUUAUUGAAAGGGUAAACGCGAUAGUGAACUCGUUUUUCCAAAUGGAUUACUCAUUAACGUCAGUGAUUUAAACAAAUGAUUUCUGAGUCAAUUUCCGAGGGACCCUUUAUUUUCUGUAGAAUUGUGAAAAUGAAAGCAUUUUAAUAAAAAAAUCUUUGCCAGGAAUAGUCAACAAUCUUGAAAAGGAAUUAAUUCUUUGUCGCUGCAGUUAACUGUCCGGAACAAAGGUUUUGCCGGGCGGGGAGCGGAGAGCCGGACGCGAAUCUUUGUUGCCCGGAAAUAAUGCCGGUGAGAGCAGAUGGUAAUAUUUAAUAGACAUUGCUUGAGAAAAAAUCAUAAAACUCUGCGACUUAAAUAUUUUGUUUCGAUGUUUAAUCUGCGUGAGUAUUUCAUUAAAAGUUUAAUAGAGAAAAUAUUUUAUUUAAGAAUUUCUCAGUCUUCCUUGUUUUUACGUCGUUCUGUAUCAAGCCCUAGCUAGUAAAGACUCAAAUAUGUAAAUAAAACUUGAUAUAUAAUAAGUACGUAAAUCUAAAAAGGAUGUAAAGCACACCACACAAAGAACUUAACCCAAGGGGCCACAAUUCAGAUUUACAUAAUACUAAGGAAUCCCUGGAAGAAUAAACCACAGACAACCUAUUUAUCAUACGCCGAGAAACAAUUCCGAUCAAUCAUAAUAUGUAAAUGUUAAUGAAGAUGAUUGAUUCGGCUUCCAUUAAUUUCAGCUGCUGGUUGAUUCACUUGUUCCAAAUUCCAUUUGUUAGGUGUAUCUGAUUGUACAGUAUGGACGGAGAAAGUAAAUUAAUAUUGUUGCCAGAAUCGCGAAGUUUAAUUGGAAAUAAUGGGUGUAUAUUUCUUAAAGUUGGCGAUAUUAAAUUUUGCUGUUCUAUUAACCGAAAUGCGAAGUUUAAUUAUUUUUGGGUGUGAAAUGAAACUGGAUUUGUUCAUAAAUAUGAAUGAAAGCCAGGU